UGUCCCUUCAGUAGGGUAUAAACUGGAGUGGGUGUGGGGAAGAGACUUUUAAACUGCUUUUAAACUCACUGGGUGGAUGACAGUGCACUGGUAUAAACCAUGAGGAUUAUCUAGGCAUGUAAUAAUCCAACGUCUCAGUGUUGUCCUAGGUACGGUGGACGGGUGGCAGAAGGCUGUUCUCCUUACCUCGAAACAUGUCCGAGGCUCUAGAUGACUACUGCGGCUCUGUGUUCUGGAAUUCUUCUCUGCUGGAGAGACCUGAUCCGGAUUUGCCGAUAUGUUUUCAGCAGACAGUUCUGGUUUGGAUCCCUCUGAUCUUCUUUUGGCUUUGUGCACCUUGGCACCUCUUCAAUUUGUGUAAAUCCGACUCAGUGAAAUCCCCUAUUACUAAGCUGUAUCUGACCAAGCAGAUCCUGACGUUAUUACUUUUAUGCACUUCGAUUGCUGGAAUCAGCAUCACAAUAUCAGAACAUGUGGACGGACAGUCAAGCGCCAACUCUGCCAAAAUACUUCCUACCGUCCUCUAUGUAAAUCCGGCCCUCCAUGCUGUAACAUGGAUCUUGGUAUUAAUAGUCCACCAUGGCCAAAGGUACUGUGUCCGGACAGACACUGGAGCCCUCUUCAUCUUCUGGACUCUUUCCGUUGUUUGUGGGAUUUUUCCAUUUCAGUCUCUAAUCCGAGUUGCGCUGAAUGGAGAUAUUCCGGAUCUUCCCCGGUUCUGUUUGUUUUUCAUCUCGUUUGGUCUUCAGGUUCUUAUUUUUUUCACCUCUUCCAUCUCAGAAACAAGCGAUCUCUCAAAAAAGAAUCCUGAAUUAACAGCAUCGUUUUUCAGCAGAAUCACCUUCAGCUGGUAUGACAGCAUAAUUGUUAAAGGGUACAGAAGACAUUUAGUCAUGGAAGAUCUCUGGGAACUGAGCAAAGAAAAUCAGACCCAACACAUCUACGAAGCAUUCGACAAAACGAUGAAGGUGGAAGUGGCAAAAGCAAGGAAAGCUCUGGAGAAACGUAGGAAUAAGAGGAAACAGCAGGACGGAGCUAUUGAAAUGAACGGGCUGAGCAAGGUGCACAGCCAGGACAUACUGGUCGAGGAAAAAAAGAAGAAAAAGAAAAAAGAGUGUGUAUCUGGAACAUCUAAAGAUUUCCCCAAAUCCUGGCUAUAUAAGACCUUGAUUAAAACAAAUGCCAAUAUCCUCCUACAAUCGGCUUUCUUUAAACUCGUUCAUGACCUCUUAGUGUUUGUCAACCCCCAGAUCUUGAAAGCGAUGGUCUUAUUCACAUCCAACCCUGAGGAGUAUCUAUGGAAGGGAUUUUUUUAUGCGGCCUUGCUGCUGGUAACAGCUUUAAUCCAGUCACUCUGCCUGCAGCAAUAUUUCCAGGGCUGCUUAGUCAUGGGAAUGAGAGUCCGUACAACACUAACCGCUGCCGUGUACAAAAAAGCUCUGACUGUCUCAAAUGCCAUCCGGAAGGAGUCAACAGUAGGAGAAACCGUGAACCUGAUGUCUGCAGAUGCACAGAAAUUCAUGGAUCUGACAAACUACAUUCAUCUCCUUUGGUCCUUACCUCUGCAGAUGGUGGUUUCUGUGGUAUUCCUCUGGGCAGAGCUGGGACCGUCAGUCCUGGCAGGACUUGGAGUGAUGAUUCUUUUGAUACCAAUCAACGCAGUCCUAGCUACUAAAUCAAGGAUAUUCCAGAUGAAAAACAUGAAAAACAAAGAUAAACGGCUGAAAAUAAUGAAUGAAAUUCUGAACGGCAUAAAGAUCUUGAAGUUGUACGCCUGGGAGCCUUCCUUUGAGAAACAGGUGCAGGAAAUUCGUGAGAAGGAGCUGAAGAACAUGUUACACUUUGCCUAUCUAUUCUCUGUCUCCAUGUUCAUAUUCACCUGUGCCCCCUUUUUGGUGUCGGUGGCCAGUUUUGCUGUUUACGUCGUGGUUGAUCCAAAAAAUAUACUGAAUGCAGAGAGAGCCUUCACAUCCAUCUCCCUGUUUAACAUUCUCCGAUUCCCCCUCUUCAUGUUGCCUAUGCUUAUAUCUAGAAUAGUGCAGACAAACGUAUCCUCUGCCCGCCUGGAGAAAUACUUGGGAGGAGAUGACUUGGAUAACUCUGCCAUAAGCAAUGAUCCCACUGUUGAUGCUGCUAUCCAGUUUUCUGAUGCCUCUUUUACCUGGGAGCCGGGCACAUCUCCAGCAGUGAAGAAUGUCAACCUGAAUAUCAAGGAAGGUAACCUGGUUGCAGUAGUUGGUGGGGUUGGUUCUGGGAAAUCGUCACUUGUCUCUGCGAUGCUUGGAGAAAUGGACCAUGUCUAUGGACACAUCAACAUAAAGGGUUCUGUGGCCUAUGUUCCUCAACAAGCCUGGAUCCAGAACGCAACGCUGAGAGAUAACAUCUUGUUUGGGUCACCUCUAGAUGAGGCGCGAUAUCAGCGGGUUCUAGAAGCCUGCGCCUUGCUUCCUGAUUUACAGAUGCUGCCGGGAGGGGAUAUGUCUGAAAUAGGAGAAAAGGGAAUAAACCUGAGUGGAGGACAGAAGCAGCGGGUGAGCCUGGCUCGGGCAGUAUAUCAGAAUACGGACAUCUACAUCCUUGAUGACCCUCUCUCUGCUGUUGACGCUCAUGUGGGGAAACACAUAUUCGAGAAGGUGGUUGGCCCCAAUGGAUUACUAAACAACAAGACCCGCGUCCUGGUCACUCAUGGUGUAAGCUUUCUGAAGCACACUGAUGAGAUUGUGGUGUUGGUGAAUGGCGGCGUUACUGAGACCGGCUCAUAUAAAACAUUACUGGCAAACAAUGGAGCUUUUGCAGAGUUCCUCAAGACGUAUGCUAAGCAAGAUAAUACCAAGGACUCAGAGGCUACAGUACUACUCAAUACAGAAGAAGAUGAUGGUGAAGAUCCCGUAGAACAAGCCCCCGAAGUAGCAGAAGACAUUGUGACAAUGACACUUAAGAGAGAAAACAGUCUACACAGGAGGAAGCUUAGCAGUAUGAAUAGCAGUUUAAGGAGGUCACUGAAGGAAGUAGCAAAGAACAAGGGAGAAGAUGAGAAGAUAACUGAAAAAGGACAAAAGCUGAUUGAAAAGGAGACAGCGGAGACUGGAAAGGUGAAGUUCUCUGUGUAUCUGAAGUACCUUCGUGCAGUUGGAUGGGUUUACUUUUCCUUGAUAUUGGUGACCUACGCUUUACAGACCGCGUCCUUUGUCGGACAGAACAUUUGGAUCAGUGACUGGACGUCGGACGCUGUGCCUUUUUUUAAUCAGAGCUAUCCAACUUCCCAGAGAGACAUGCGGGUCAGGGUGUAUGGAGCCCUGGGGGUGUCACAAGGUAUUUUUGUGUUCCUCAGUGCUUUUCUGGUUGCUGCCGGUACAGUACGUGCAUCACGGCUCCUCCAUUCACAAAUACUUCGAAAUAUCCUGCAUGUUCCUAUGCAGUUCUUUGACACAACUCCAACUGGACGCAUUGUCAACAGGUUUGCCAACGACAUCUUCACUGUGGAUGAAACCAUCCCCACGUCAUUCCGGAGCUGGAUUUUCUGCGUCUUGGCAGUGAUUGGCACCCUGUUUGUGAUCUCCUUGGCUACACCAAUUUUUGCUGCUGUCAUCAUACCGUUGGCAAUUGUGUAUUAUUUUGUCCAGAGGUUUUAUGUUGCCACCUCACGUCAGCUGAGACGUCUGGAUUCAGUCACCAGGUCAUCCAUCUACUCUCACUUUGGGGAGACAGUCUCUGGUCUGUCAGUCAUCCGAGCUUAUGGACAUCAACAGAGAUUCAUCCAGCACAAUGAAGACACCCUAGAUAUCAAUCAGAAGAGCGUUUACUCCUGGGUUGUGUCCAACAGGUGGCUGGCCAUUCGACUUGAAUUUGUUGGGAACCUGACAGUGUUCUUUGCGGCUCUCUUCGCUGUGUUAGGCCGUGACACGCUGGACAGUGGGACUGUUGGACUAUCCAUUUCCGCAGCACUCAGGAUUACGCAGACACUGAACUGGCUGGUGCGGAUGACGUCAGAGCUGGAGACCAAUAUUGUUGCAGUUGAGCGUGUGGAUGAGUACGUUAAACUAGAGAAUGAAGCAGAGUGGACGACUCAGAAGCGCCCCCCACAGAACUGGCCAGAUAGAGGCGUUGUGCAGUUUGUGGACUACAAGGCCCGUUACCGAUCUGAAAUAGACCUUGUUCUACAUGGGGUUUCAUGCACUGUUGACAGUAUGGAGAAGGUUGGAAUAGUUGGAAGGACGGGAGCUGGAAAAUCUUCCCUUACGAAUUGCCUCUUCCGGAUCAUCGAGGCAGCAGGUGGGAAGAUAAUCAUUGAUGGUCUGGACAUCUCCACCAUUGGCCUCCAUGAUCUGCGCAACAAACUAACUAUAAUUCCUCAGGACCCAGUGCUGUUCUCUGGGACACUGAGGAUGAAUUUGGACCCGUUCAAUCAGUACACGGAUGAAGAAGUCUGGAAAACUCUUGAACUCUCUCACCUCAAGCCAUAUGUAGAAGAGCUGCAGGAAAAGCUCUUCUACGAAGUAAGUGAAGGAGGAGAGAACCUAAGUGUCGGGCAGAGGCAGCUGGUGUGUCUGGCUCGAGCGCUACUUCGCAAAUCCAAGAUCCUCAUUAUGGAUGAAGCGACGGCAGCCGUGGAUCUGGAGACGGAUAAUUUAAUCCAGAGGACCAUCCGCAGUGAAUUUGCAGACUGCACAGUGUUGACCAUUGCACAUCGGCUGCACACCAUCAUGGACAGUAACAAGGUCAUGGUGUUGGACGCUGGAAAGAUAAUAGAAUAUGGUAGUCCAGAAGACCUCCUGGUGAGCAAAGGACACUUUGCCUCUAUGGCCAGAGAUGCUGACAUUGAAGACACCAACACCACAUCACUGUGAGGCCUAGAGGAUGUAGACGUGUGUGAUGAGACCUCAGCACGGACUCUCUUAGAACUCUUUGAGCAUUGACUGCUGCCAACCCAAGACAAGUCAUGAAGCAAUGUAAACUUUGGGAAAAAGAUUAUCAGCAGUGGAGGGGGAUAUUGUUGAUUGGAAAGUAGAUUAUAAGCUAAGAUGACCAAUCUUGUGUGAUGUCAUUGAAUUUAUAGUAACAAGUGAAUAUACGGUAAUAAUUAUGUAGCACUGUCCAUAUGGCUUCAUUAUACCUUCUCUGUAAAAGUCUUGGGUACUUUGGCAGAACAUGGCAUAUUUAAAUCCUGCAUCUUUAAGACACUUUUUUUUGACUAAGGGAAAAUGUGAUCUCCUGCAAUUGACUUCAACUACGAAGCCAGGGUAGACGUGGAUAUGAGCAUCAUACUUGUGAAGCUUAGGAGGCUGUCCUGGUCUCUAUCUCAAAAACUUUGCUAUAAAAGUUCAUGGAGGUGCUCCAGGCCAGAUAAGCUGUGUGGGAAUGCAAUGGGCACCUUCUACUGCAUGUAUGGUGGAAAAGCUGCCAUGGCUAAGUUUUGUCAUCAAGAGGUUUUUCCAAGAAUUUUUGCGAGGCACAACCUUCUGUGUCUUUGGGUAUGUCAACAAACUAAGUUACAGCAGUGGAUUCUUUUCUCCUGGUCUUGCAUAUAAUGGUGAAGAACAACCAGGCAAGAAUGGGCUGCAAAAAGUUGGGAUUCUAGUUGUGGCACCCGGUCGUCCAAGGAACUAAUUUUUUUUCUUCUGCUUUAGUGCCCCUUUUUCUUGUAUUUUUGGUUAUCAUGGCAAAUAAGGCAGAUGUCCACUUGCAUCUAUCUAAGAUGUUAAGGUCAUUUGACACUGGUGGGUAGCUAACAAGACUUUCUGUGUGCCGCUCUGUGGCUCACUGGUGAAAUUGUCUUGUGCAUGGGAUUUGCUGGUUGAGAUUCAUCUUCAGGUGUCGUUCUUUGGAAUUUGUCCAGUAUCAGUUUUUUUUGCUAUGAGGCAUUUGCACCUCCCUUUGAAGGCAUGAUGGAUAUUCUGUAGGUGGUGUGAUACCACAGGUACAUCCAAUUGUCCAAUGGGUAGAAUUUAGAAGAGGGAGUUGUAGUUUGCAACAGGUGCAGUGCCUCAUCUUGGAGGUCACUUCUUCUAAUAACCAUUAUGUUCUCAUGUCUACAUAAUUUAGUAACUUUCAUAUUACUUGUGUAACAAUGAACUG